AUAUGAAGAAAGAUAAUUCAAGACCCUGGCCUACCAAACCACUCAAAUCUGAAGAAGACGAUUUUUUCUCUGCUAUGAACCUUAGCCCCCAAACCACUAAAAUGCGCACUGAAGCAACAAUGGAUUGGCUUGUUUCCAUGCCAAAGCUUGAAUUACAUGCACACCUCAACGGCUCCAUCAGAGACUCUACUCUUCUGGAACUUGCUAGAAUUCUGGGUAAAAAGGGUUCUAUUGUUUUCUCAGAGGUGGAACAAGUUAUUCUUAAAAAUGACCGUUCUUUGGUUGAAGUGUUCAAAUUGUUUGACUUGAUUCACAUUCUUACCACCGACCAUGAAACUGUUACAAGAAUCACAAAAGAAGUAGUGGAAGAUUUUGCUUCGGAGAAUGUUGUAUAUUUGGAAUUAAGAACAACUCCGAAGAAAAAUGAUGCUAAAGGAAUGAGCAAACGAACUUACAUUGAGGCAGUGAUCAAAGGUUUAAGAGCAGUUACGGCCGUUGAGGUGGAUUUUACUCCUAAUAAUUCGGAUCCUAGGGAUGCCGUGAAUUCGAUUUCUAUGAAUGAUUCUUGUUGUAGAACUACAAGGAGAAAGAUUUAUGUUCGACUUCUUCUCAGCAUUGAUCGCCGUGAGACCACAGAAGCUGCAAUGGAAACUGUUAAGCUUGCUCUGGAAAUGAGAGAUUUAGGUGUAGUUGGCAUUGACCUUUCUGGACAUCCGAAAGUAGGCGAAUGGGUAACAUUCUUGCCAGCACUAAAAUUUGCCCAGGACCAAGGUCUGUAUAUAACACUUCAUUGUGGAGAGGUCCCUAAUCGCGAGGAAGAGAUCCAAAUGAUGCUCGACUUCCUUCCCGAUAGGAUUGGGCAUGCGUGCUGUUUUGGAGACGAUGAUUGGAUUAAGCUAAAGUCAUCUAAGAUACCGGUAGAGAUUUGCUUGACAUCAAACAUUAUGACACAGUCGGUUCCUUCACUUGAAAUUCAUCAUUUUGCUGAUCUGUAUGACGCGAAACAUCCGAUAAUCCUUUGCACAGAUGAUUCUGGGGUUUUCUCCACUAGUGUUUGCAAAGAAUAUAGUCUGGCUUCCUCUGCAUUUGGUCUCGGAAAGAAGGAAAUGUUUGAGCUAGCAAGAAACGGGAUUGAGUACAUUUUCGCUGAUGAUGCAGUGAAGCAGGACCUGGCACAGAUUUUUAAUUCAUCUGCUAAGGAGCUAAAGUUAUGAUUAGUGAAAAGUUUGAUCUAGUUGGAGCUCCAAUAUUCUUAAUCUGUACCUCAGAAACCAACUGUUCACAUACAUUUGAAUUUGCAGAUUGCUUAGUACAUGAUUCCUUCAUAUAUCAUAAUGUAUUGUGCAAUUGUUGAUUAGAAAACUGAAUAUAUGAUCUCUUAUCUCUAUAAUAAAGCAGGCUUAAAUAGUAUUUUAUCUGCAA